CCCACAGCGCCGUCCGAUCGCCCCCAGCUCGCCGCCGCCAUGACGACCGCGUCCACCUCGCAGGUGCGCCAGAACUACCACCAGGACUCGGAGGCCGCCAUCAACCGCCAGAUCAACCUGGAGCUCUACGCCUCCUACGUCUACCUGUCCAUGUCUUACUACUUUGACCGUGAUGAUGUGGCUUUGAAGAAUUUUGCCAAAUAUUUUCUUCACCAAUCUCAUGAGGAGAGGGAACAUGCUGAGAAACUGAUGAAGCUGCAGAACCAACGAGGUGGCCGCAUCUUCCUUCAGGACAUCAAGAAACCCGACCGCGAUGACUGGGAGAACGGGCUGAAUGCAAUGGAGUGCGCCUUACACUUGGAAAAGAGCGUGAAUCAGUCACUACUGGAGCUGCACAAACUGGCUACUGACAAAAACGACCCCCAUUUGUGUGACUUCCUGGAGACUCAUUACCUGGAUGAGCAGGUGAAAUCCAUCAAAGAACUGGGUGACCAUGUAACCAACUUGCGCAAGAUGGGGGCCCCCGAAUCUGGCAUGGCCGAGUAUCUCUUUGACAAGCAUACCCUGGGAGACAGUGACAAGAGCUAAGCUAAGCCUUAGGCUGGCUACUCAUAGCCAGGGGGUGACUUUCCUGGUCACCAAGGCUGUGCAUGCAUGUUGGGGUUACCUUUACCUUUUCUAUAAGUUGUACCAAAACAUCUACGUAUAGCUUUCAUUUGUACCAUUCCUUCAAAUAAAGCAAUUUGGUACCCGUUGUUUUUUUGCAGUCUUGGUAGAAAUACAUCUCUGCCAUCUUUUUGCUACAUUUUUAGGUUCCACAGUUAAACUUGUCAAAAUGGGAAACUCCUAGGACGAUCUGUAUUUAUUAAUAAACUAGUUUGGGGAAAAUACCAAGGCUCUCGGCUAUCACAG